AUGACUGCUUUCAAUCCCCUUACUGCCAUCUUAAUCAAAACAAACUUGUGGGUCCGAAUUAUUGUUCUACUUGCUGAAGAGUACAAAUUUGUGCUCGAUGAGGUGUGUCCAGAAAAACCUGGAGAUGAUGCCACAGAUGAUGAACAAAAGGAUUACCAGAAAUGGAUUAAGGCUGAUGAGAUGGCGCGGUGUUACAUUUUGGCAUCCAUGUCAAAUGUUCUGCAACACCAGCAUCAGUCGAUGGAGUCUGCUUAUGACAUUCUGGAAAAUCUCAAAGAAAUGUUUGGAGAUCAGAAUCGUGCGGCUAAGCAGACUGCCAUGAAAGCCCUUCUGAAUACCAAAAUGGUUGAAGGUUCAUCGGUCCUUGGAGCUAACAUUAAUAAGGACACGCAGGUUGAAAUGAUCCUGCGGACUUUGCCUGACAGUUUUCAGCAGUUUCGCCUGAAUUAUAACAUGAACAAAAUGGAUUUGUCCCUUGCGAAAUUGCUGAAUGAGCUGCAGUCGGCAGAGACUAUUAUCAAGUCACAAGCUCCUCGUGUGGCGUUGAAUUUUGAGGCAGGCUAA